ACAAGUUAACACAACCUCGAUUGUUCGAAAUCGUCAGUGCCGUCGAGUGACGCAGUCGGCCAUUACUGCCGACCCGCCCGCAGAUCUUCGAGCUUCAAACCAAACAUUAUAUUUCAUUAUACAAAUUCCACCCAGAUAUGCCCGCAGAUUACGCAUCUACCGCGCGCGCUCUUUCUGUUUCAACAACUUCGUCUCGCUCACCAUCCCCUGGGGAAGGCGCUCGUCCACUAUGGAGUCAAGGUGCGACUGAUACGCGGACCAAUGCGGGCUUUGCCGCCCGGAGGUCAACGCCCAUACCCAAACAAGGAAUCAUGGCUCGAAUCAAUGCAUUUAAUGAACGCUCACUAGCAUUAUGGCGAAAAAUGACCUUUUGGCAGAAAGUUGGUAGCGUGCUCGCUGUUCUCAGUCUCAAUAUUCUGGGCUUCGGAUUCCUGUAUAUUACAGGGAGGGUGUUUCAAUGGCUCGGGCCAGUUGCUGAGAAAUGGGAGCACUCGGUGCCUGUAUUCAUCGUGAUGUGGCUCGGUGUAUUUUUCGUUUCUUUCCCUCCGUUGGUAGGGUGGUCAACGUUUGGGACGGUGUCUGGUUUCAUAUUUGGCGUGUGGAAAGGAUGGCUUCUUUAUGCGUCGGCCACGGUGCUAGGCUCAAUAUGCUCCUUCAUCGCAUCGCGCACCGUCCUGUCCAAAUUUGUACACCGACUUGUUGAGCGCGACAAACGGUUUGCAGCUCUUGCGCUGACGCUGAAGUAUGAUGGACUUAAGCUGUUAUGCAUGAUUCGCCUUUGCCCACUGCCCUACUCAAUCUGCAACGGGGCGAUUUCUACCUUUCCCACGGUGCAACCCCUGAUGUACGGGCUCGCCACCGCUAUUAUCUCCCCAAAGCUGCUCGUUCCUGCCUUUAUUGGCAGUAGGAUACGCAUAUUAAACGAGAAAGGAGAAGAGAUGAGUCUAGGCUCAAAGCUUAUAAACAUAUUUAGCAUCAUUGUUUCCAUAGCCGCUGGCAUCUUUACCGGGUGGUAUAUUUAUAGAAGGACUCUGGCGCGGGCUCAGGAGUUGGAGGAAAGAGAGAGAGAAGAUAUUAGACACUCGCUCGAGGCCGACCACGCGGCUCACCGUCCACAGCGCGCGUUUUCCGACGAUCCCAUUGUCAACGCUGCAGCGACGACCCUUGCGCGAGAUGAAGAGGAACGUAUUGGGUUCAAUGACUUUGACGAUGAUAAUGUUGACUUGGUUAUCGACGAUGAUGACCUUUCCUCUCGACGGUCAAAGUCACCAUACAAGGAUGAGUUUACAGACAACGAAUCAGACGUCUUUCGAGACGGGGACGGGACGAAUACCGACACAUAUACCCUACAUACACACGUUCGACAUUAGACUUUGAACUUGUAAACUGCCUGGGGCAGGUGUUUGGUUUCCUAGAGGAUCUAUGUCUAUAGAGCCCCUCGUCAUGAAUCACGUCCUGCGUAGCAUUUAGUUGGCAUGAUGAUAAUCACAGUCAGAUUG